UUUCCUCCUCAGUCCACGGUUCGGUAAGGUUUCAGUGGCGUUCUUCAAGGUUUGCUAUCUCUUACCUCUUAACCGUUCGAGUCUAGUGCUUCAUGGCCAGUCAAGAUACAUGUUAUGGGGAGAUUAUCAAAAUCUAGCAACUCCAGCGAUGUCACAAGGAGUCCGGCAUCCGAGGCAACGAGGUAAACCCCACCUCUUUGUGGUCAACAUCAACGGUAGAGAACGGGGAUUGAUUUUCUGAGGAUUCCAGAGCAGAUUAGCGGAUGGCGUCGGUUAAGUGGGCGAGCGAAGCUAUUCUUGUAAUGGUUGAUUUAGAGAAAUUUUGGUUGAACCAAACUUGUAUCAAACACUGAAUUCCAGUUUAACCGGUUGAUGAAUAAUAGUAUAUAUUUCAAAAAAAAAAAAAAAAAAAAAAAAAAAAAAAAAAAAACAUCGCGUCUGUAUUUUUCCUUUCGAACUUUCAGUAAGAGCCAAAGAAAAACAACCUGGUUGUUCAAGACAGAAACCGUGUCAUGUGUUAACUUGUUUGAUCCGUUUCAAUAUUUUUAUUUUCUCGGUUCAAUGUAGAAAACCAGUUCUCCCCAAAUAAAAGUCAAAAAAUACUAGACCAUAAAAAACGAAACCACCUUAUAUAUAUCAACUCAUAUUCAUAUUCUACAUGCCACUCAUACUCAAAGCGAUACAAAUCGUAAAAAGACCUUAACAAGUCGACUUUCUUUCCCUUCCUAGUUCUAGAGAACUAAGUGAUGAUGAUGAAGAAACAAGUUAUACUUGGAGUGAUUUUGAUUGCACUUUUCUUGAUUUCCAUGCACGCCAAACAAGUAGGAGCCACAAGACUGUUACGAACCCCCAACGAUAGUGAGAUCCGGUUCGUCGUCUUCCAGUCGUUGCAGAUGGGUUCGGUUCCUGAAUCCGAUAGGAACGGUUGCUCACAUCUCCCUAACGACUCGGGCAAGUGCCACGGAUGAGCGCACGCACGUGAGUUUUGAUCCCCAUACUCAACUCUUAUUCAGGCUACAUAUGUGUUUUCAAAAAACAAAAUUCAGGCUACAUAUUGAAUUUGUCUUUUAUAUUUUGCUGUUGUUGUAUUUAUUUAUAUAUAUACUACUAGAACUAGUUUGCUUAACUGUUCAUGUAACAUAUCAUGUAUCAAAUCAAAUACGUGUUUCAUCAUGUUAUAGAAUUUCCGAAUUUAGAAACUAUUUGAAAAUUAAGGAAACAAAUUCCUUGAUUACUACAAAUUAUUGAUUAUGUCUAACAAACCGGAUUCUACCAUAAAACUCAGUAAACGCUUUCGGCUAUUUACUGGUUAUCAUUUAUGCUUAGUUUCAAGUUUCAACUCAAUUAAUCAGUUUGAGGAUUGUAAACAUAACCGGUUCAGAUUGGUUCGCAUAUUAUUCGCAUCCGAUUCAAAGAAUCAAAUUAGAAACUAAACUGGUUCAGGUUGUAUAAGCCAGUUCAGAUUGGUUUGCGUAUUACCCGCAUUUGGUACAAUACAAAGAACCGAAUUAGAAACCAAACUGGUUUAGGCUGUAUAAGCCGUUUCAGAUUGGUUUGCAUAUUAUUCGCAGUUGGUAUAAUACAAAGAACCGAAUUAGAAACUAAACCGGUUCAGGCUGCAUAAGCCGGUUCAAAUAGGUUCAUUAUUCGAUCCGGUACAAAGAAUCGAAUUUAAAACCGAACCGGUUCAGGUUGUAUUAGCCGGUUCAUAUCGGUUCGACACGUUUGUGGUUCUUCCUUGGCGAAACAGAUCCUUAAACGCUUAAACCCUCGAUGGUUUCGAUUGAACACUUCCCCGAGAUUUGGGAGUGUCCAUAAACCCACACACACUCUCUCUCUCGCUGGUCGAGCUAAAGGCAAGAGGAGGAAGAAGCAGAGAAAUGGUGAACAAACCAUGGAAGAUAAUCCCAAGACCACUCCUCGAAACCGUCCUCAACAACCACGUCCAACGCCACCGUGUUCCUCAGCCGCUCAUCCUCCACGGUCCCCGCGGCGUCGGCAAAACCACUCUAAUCCUCAACCGUCUCCUCGGAGACUGGAACAAAGGCCCCCACAUCGCCGGCUAUGUAGAUUUCGCACAAUCGAUCAGAGAGCACCACCCGGAUCACCAGCAAUCAUACCCAUGGACGUCGUGGACCAGCGUUGACCCACCAUUGCUGUCCAAUUGCAAAACCCACCUCGAGAAUUGCCUCGAAUCCAUGACCCACAAAGCCAUAAAGCUCGGGACUUUAAGCUCGCAGCAGAUAUUCACCACCAUGAACAAAUGGCACGGUCUUAACACUGCCCUCCGCCGUGUUCUCCAGGGCUGUAAAGUCGCCGUCCCGGAGAAAGCCUCCGUUUCGUUUCUGUGGGAACGGGCGGUGUGCGCGCUAUCUGUUCGACGAAAUGCCGAUGAGAUUGAUUUGUUGGUUGGGUUGGAUGAGGAAGGUGGUGGUGGCUUGUCUGUAGAAGAGGCUAGUUACUAUAGAGAGACGGCCUUUGCGUUGAGAUUGGCUAAAGAGGUUAUAAAGAUGCAGCAGGGUUGGAGGGGCAAUGCCAUUGCGCAUAUGAAUAGAACUAAUGGGUUUUCGAAAACGUUGGCGAAUUCGUGUACUGAUUGGCCUUUGCUAAUGAUAGAGCUGUUGUCACAAGCUGCAGAGAUUGGUUUCUUCCAGCCUAAGCUAGUCUUAAACAACAUUGAAAUCUUGAAGAGUGCCGUUCAGACUGAUGAUUCAACAGUCUCAGCUUCAAUGUACCAUGACAAUCUUAUAUGGAGAAUAAUAGCGUUAGGUGCGAAUGAUCGCUGUCUACCUGUCCUGUUCGUGACUUCAGAUAGCUACUACUCAUAUCAAGCCUUUGUUGACUUCGGGUUUCCAGACAUUUUCAUCUCUCGUGAGACAUUUGGAUGGACUCCUCAAGAAGCCAAAUUACACAUGGUCCCUGAUUACUUCAGUGCUUCGGAGUGGACUAUCAUUGCUGAUGUUCUUGGAGCCAAUUCUCGGCAUCUAUUUGAGCUCUAUGCGCUUAAACAAAGUAAUCAUUACCAAAGUUUGAUGGGGAACAAAGCAGGCACAUUUGAAGAUAUUGUGGAUGCAUACUUGGCAUAUUUACAAGUUGUUGUGGUUAAUCCUGCAAUGGAAAAAGCUUUGCUGCGGCUUCAACGGUAUGCCGCUGAUGUACGAAAGGGAAGCAUUCCAGAUGAAAAAUUACGCUUUGGUGCUGCAUGGAGGCAUCCUCCAAGUAGUGAGGAUCCUACUCUCUGCUCCGAGUGGGCUAAAAUUCAGCUGAUGGACUUUGUUCAGGCUCUUGUCAAUACAGAAUUAGCGGUAAAUUAUUUGGGUGACUACAGCCUUGAGAUCUUUGAAGACCCUUCUGCUAUGGCAUUGGUUGAGGUUGGGAUACUAUAUACUCAGCGAGAUCCGUCUUUCUUCCGUCCUAUAUCCCAAGGCAUUAAAAGAUGCCUCGUUAGAUGGCUCAUCCAAGAGCGAAUGAAGAUGAGUUAUUGGAGCUCAACCAAAUAUUGGUGGCAGAGAAUUAUCCGGGGUCGUUAUUACAAGCAUUUGAUGCUUGGCUACAGAACAUAGGCAGUUUCACACAGGUUUUGUUGUCACAUGAACGUUGAUGAAAAUUGUGGGUAUCUUGUCCCAGCAAAAACAGAUAGGAUUCAUAUUUUACCGUUAGGCAGGAAACAUAAAGCCAUAAAGGUGCCAUAUUUUUGUUGCCAGUCAAGUCAAGGCCUGACUUUUAGUAACGUCGUCAUCAAAAAAGGAUGUCGGAGGGAGAAACCUCCGGCGACUAACGGUGUAAGUGGGAAUACACUGCCAUGAGAACAGUUUUUUUUUCUUCAGACGCUGUAUAUAAAGCGCAUGUUUCUGUGUUUUGUGAUUUCUUUUGGCGGUAAAAGUCAAAUAUUUGAAUUAUUUACUGUAUUGUCUACCUACCUUUUCAAACCGAAAGUCCAAUAAAGUUUCUAUUUUUACAA